GAAUUAGUGGAACCACCGGAACAUGUGAUAUCAUCGGAUGAACAGGAUCCCUGUCUCACACCUGUCACUGAAUCACCACCCACCUUUUUCUGUUGCAGCGAAUGUUUGUUUACUUGUCAUCGUCGGAAAGGAAUCAAGAUCACCAGCUCACAAGUUGAAUUGAAUUCCCCCGUCGAACGACAUUAAAGAUGCCCUACAUUUUCAUAACGGUCCAGUCAGGUGGAUGGGACCCUUCUUUGCCCAUCAACUUGGAUUAUUCGCCGGAAUUAGAUCCAGAGAUCAACGGAUUUUUGCGCGAACAUCAACAGCCAAAUCACAAGCAGAUGACAAAUCAUCGUGGGCCAUCCAGGAAUGCCGAUGGAAGAGGAUCCGUUUCCACUCAUUGCGAAUUGCGGCUGAUUCUCGAUGGGCUGGAGAAGCUUGGCUUUCAGUUGGUGACCACUGCGUCUUAUUCCUUUCAAGGCCGGGCUCACAACGAGUUCAUCAUGCAUCGUGAACUGACGCCCGUGAUGGACCAUCUGCACGAAAUGAAACAUAAACAACACUUGGCCGUUCCAGAACAAAACAAGAAGAAAAAUAAAGAUGAGAGCCAUAAACAGCAUCGUCAUCGAGAUCGCAGUAUCAGCAGUAGUAGCGAUCAAAGUAUAGACGACAGGAAUAAUAGAAGGAAAACCGGUUCUUCGACACCUGCUCAUCACAAGAGCAAAAAUCAUUCAUCGUCAUCAGCCCCAUUCCGCAGCCAACAGUCGCAACUUUACUACUAAACUCCGAUUGUUUGUCCAUAAAAUUGGCCUGAUUUCAGCACAAUCAGUCAAUUAUUACUUCUU